AUGGACAAACACGGGGGUGGGCAGCCUGUGGGGCAAGCACCCCACAGCUCCCAGAUCCUGUUAAUUCCUUCUCAACAAUCCCAAACACCCCACAGCUCCCAGAUCCUGUUCAUCCCUUUACAAUCCCAAGCACCCCACAGCUCCCAGAUCCUGUUCAUCCCUUUACAAUCCCAAGCACCCCACAGCUCCCAGAUCCUGUUCAUCCCUUUACAAUCCCAAGCACCCCACAGCUCCCAGAUCCUGUUCAUCCCUUUACAAUCCCAAGCACCCCACAGCUCCCAGAUCCUGUUCAUCCCUUUACAAUCCCAAGCACCCCACAGCUCCCAGAUCCUGUUCAUCCCUUUACAAUCCCAAGCACCCCACAGCUCCCAGAUCCUGUUCAUCCCUUUACAAUCCCAAGCACCCCACAGCUCCCAGAUCCUGUUCAUCCCUUUACAAUCCCAAGCACCCCACAGCUCCCAGAUCCUGUUCAUCCCUUUACAAUCCCAAGCACCCCACAGCUCCCAGAUCCUGUUCAUCCCUUUACAAUCCCAAGCACCCCACAGCUCCCAGAUCCUGUUCAUCCCUUUACAAUCCCAAGCACCCCACAGCUCCCAGAUCCUGUUCAUCCCUUUACAAUCCCAAGCACCCCACAGCUCCCAGAUCCUGUUCAUCCCUUUACAAUCCCAAGCACCCCACAGCUCCCAGAUCCUGUUCAUCCCUUUACAAUCCCAAGCACCCCACAGCUCCCAGAUCCUGUUCAUCCCUUUACAAUCCCAAGCACCCCACAGCUCCCAGAUCCUGUUCAUCCCUUUACAAUCCCAAGCACCCCACAGCUCCCAGAUCCUGUUCAUCCCUUUACAAUCCCAAGCACCCCACAGCUCCCAGAUCCUGUUCAUCCCUUUACAAUCCCAAGCACCCCACAGCUCCCCGAUCCUCUCCAUCCCUUCUCCCAGCAGUCCCAGGACUCUGAGCACACAAACACCUCGUCCUGCUCCCCACACCAAGCUGGGCGUGCUGAGAGGAAACAUGAUCAGUGACUGUGGUUGGAGUAUCGUGACUAUUCAGCUCUUUGUGGUCCCAGUUCCACCUCGGGCAGGAUUGCAGCAGGUUCCUCUCCCGGGGAUCCUGAGCUCUGUGACUGCCCCCUCCGAGCCCAUGCGAGGCCCGCUGCCGUGGGGGUCCCGGUGUGGAGAAGAUGGUGCAGGGGGUGUCAUGAUGGGGGUUGGGGGUGAAGGGGGGACAUCGCUGCAGGUUGUCAUGGCCGUCUACAAGGUGACAGUGGCAACAGGUGACAUGGUGGAAGCUGGGACCAACAACUCCAUCUCCAUCACGUUGGUGGGCAGCUACGGCGAGAGCCGCAGGACCACGGUCUCCUUCUUGUUCCUGCCAGGGAAGUUCUCAGCUCCCAAGUGCAGAGCGGCCCUUAAAGGCAAUGCUUUGGACGGUGAUCCCUUCAGCAUAACAGACAUCUGCCUGGGCUGCUCUGAAAGUUCCCUGCAGAUCACUGGAGAGGACAGAAGGGAACAAAUGCAUCUUCUACAACUGGUCCUGGAGGCUGGAGAGAAAAUCAUCUCCCCUCAGGACAAUUUGCAGUCCAAAAACCUGGAAUCUGGAGUUAAAUGGAGAUUAUGCAUCAUAGCUUCAAACACUGAUCUCAAUGUCCAAAGAAAUACCUACUAA